AUGCAAGUGUCAGAUCAAUCAUCUAUUCUGUGGGCAAUAGUUGGCUUAGCCAUCGAUAACGACCUAAUAUCCCUGCACCUAGAAAGAAUUUAUAAGGAUUUUGUUCAUCUGGAAUCAAGAACUUGGAAGUUCCUGCUGGUGAUAACAAAUGGGGCUUCCUCUUUCACUACUUUCAUCAACACUGUGGAAACAUUUAUUGCCAGAUCAAUAAGCUUUGGAAGCAAAGAAGGAGAACUAAUCUCGAUGGAAUCACUCAGCUUCAAGAAUAAAGAUAUGGAGAAACACUCAAAACCUGAAAAAGAAACUCUAAAAACACAUGUUCCAUUGAAAGAAUUGGUCGUAGACAAUGAGAACGAAACCUCAGAUUAUUCAGAAGUCAAGAAGUCGAAACCCGAGAUUGCAUUUCCUGUUCAAGAACCCUUCGUGUUUUCUUCCCCGAGACCUGUUAACGAGCUGAAUUCUGCCGCGACGACACUUCAGAAAGUUUACAAGAGUUACCGGACGAGAAGGAACCUUGCAGAUUGUGCAGUUAUUGUUGAAGAGCUUUGGUGGAAGACCUUGGAUUCUGCAGCUCUGAAACAGAGCUCGAUAUCGUUCUUCAACGAAGCUGAACACGAAACUGCUGUGUCCCGGUGGGCUCGUGCAAGGACAAGGGCUGCUAAGGUUGGCAAAGGUUUAUCCAAGGACGAGAAAGCUCAGAAACUAGCACUGCAACAUUGGCUUGAAGCUAUUGACCCUCGUCAUCGCUAUGGACACAACUUACAAUUCUACUAUGAUGAAUGGUCGGAGAGCAAAAGUUUUCAACCGUUCUUCUAUUGGUUGGAUGUUGGCGAUGGUAAGGACGUAAAUCUUGAACGUUGCCCCAGAGUCAAUCUGCAACGUCAAUGCAUAGAAUAUCUUGGACCAAAACAGAGAGAAAUAUACGAAGUGAUUGUAGAUGAAGGGAAAUUAGCAUACAGACAAAGUGGGAUUCUCUUGGAUACAACUGAAGGCUCAAAAUGGAUUUUUGUCCUUAGCACAUCAAGAACUCUAUAUGUAGCACAGAAGAGAAAAGGUGUUUUUCAGCACUCCAGUUUUCUAUCUGGUGCAGCUACAACAGCUGCUGGUAGAUUAGUUGCUCAUCAUGGUAUUCUAGAGGCAAUAUGGCCAUACAGCGGUCACUAUCUUCCGACUGAAGAUAAUUUCAAGGAAUUCAUCAUGUUUCUUGAGGAGAAUCAUGUAGAUUUAACAAAUGUUAAGAGGUGUGCAAUAGAUGAUGACAGAACCUCAUUUAAGGAAGAUGCUAUCAAUGUUGAGGGACCAGACAUUAAUACACUCAAGGCACCUCAUAAAGGCAGUACAUCAAUCAACACUGCUAAUAUAGAAGCACCGAAACUUGACUUGCCCAGGACUUUAUCUUGCAAGUGGACUACUGGAGUUGGGGCCCGCAUCGGAUGUGUUCGAGACUACCCGAUGGAGCUUCAGUCUGAGGCACUAGAAAGAGUAAAUUUAUCGCCUACAAUAACACCAGGCCACCUGAAGAGUUGUUUGCCCAUCCCAUCUCCACGACCAAGCCCGAAAAUACGAAUGUCACCUCGGCUUGCAUAUAUGGGACUUCCUAGCCCAAGGGUGUCUCUCCGUGCCUAG